UUUAAUUGGAGCGCUUUAUUUCACUGCAGCCAAUCCGUGCUGCUCCAACCCGUGCCAGAACAGAGGAGUAUGUAUGACGACGGGAUUCGAUCGAUACGAAUGUGACUGUACGAGGACGGGAUUUUACGGGGAAAACUGCACAACACCGGAGUUCUUCACGUGGCUGAAGCUAACGCUGAAACCUGCACCAAAUACCGUCCACUACAUUCUCACCCACUUCAAGGGCGCCUGGAAUAUCAUCAACAACAUUCCCUUCUUGCGUGACACUAUUAUGAGAUACGUGCUCACCUCAAGAUCACAUUUGAUUGACAGCCCACCAACUUACAAUAGUGACUAUAAUUACAAAAGCUGGGAAGCAUAUUCCAAUCUCUCCUAUUACACAAGAAGCCUUCCACCAGUAGGACAUGACUGCCCAACACCAAUGGGUGUUAAAGGUAAGAAAGAGCUCCCAGACUCAAAGCUGAUUGUGGAGAAAUUCUUGCUGAGGAAAAAAUUUAUUCCUGACCCACAAGGCACAAAUGUGAUGUUCACAUUCUUUGCUCAGCAUUUCACUCAUCAGUUCUUUAAGACGGACCAGAAGAAAGGACCUGGCUUCACCAAAGCUCUUGGCCAUGGGGUUGACUUGAACCACAUUUAUGGAGAGACUCUGGAGAGACAACUUAAACUGAGACUUCUUAAGGAUGGAAAGCUAAAAUACCAGAUAAUUGAUGGGGAAAUGUAUCCACCCACAGUGAAGGACACUCAGGCAGAAAUGUUAUACCCACCUCACAUUCCUGAACACUUGCAGUUUUCUGUUGGGCAGGAGGUGUUUGGUUUGGUCCCAGGUUUAAUGAUGUAUGCUACGAUAUGGCUCAGAGAACACAAUAGAGUCUGUGACAUCCUGAAACAGGAGCAUCCAGAAUGGGAUGAUGAGCGACUGUUCCAAACUACUAGACUCAUACUGAUAGGAGAGACGAUCAAGAUUGUUAUUGAAGACUACGUACAACACCUGAGUGGCUACCACUUCAAACUGAAGUUUGAUCCUGAGCUGUUGUUCAACCAACGCUUUCAAUACCAGAACCGCAUUGCAGCUGAAUUCAAUACUCUGUACCACUGGCAUCCGCUUCUGCCAGACACUUUUCAGAUACAUGACCAGGAGUACACUUUCCAGCAGUUCCUCUACAACAACUCUAUAAUGCUGGAACAUGGCCUUUCCCAUAUGGUCAAGUCUUUCUCCAAGCAAAGUGCUGGCAGGGUAAGCUUUUGUGAAAAAAAAAUUCCUGCUGCAGUACAGAAGGUAGCAAAAGCUUCAAUUGAUCAAAGCAGACAAAUGAGAUACCAGUCCUUGAAUGAGUACAGGAAGCGCUUCAUGUUGAAACCAUUUAAGUCAUUUGAAGAACUUACAGGAGAAAAAGAAAUGGCAGCAGAACUGGAAGAGCUUUAUGGAGACAUUGAUGCUAUGGAGCUGUAUCCAGGCCUCCUAGUAGAGAAGCCACGACCAGGUGCUAUCUUUGGUGAAACAAUGGUAGAAAUUGGAGCACCCUUCUCUCUGAAAGGACUGAUGGGAAACACUAUCUGCUCCCCUGAGUACUGGAAGCCCAGCACUUUUGGUGGAAAAGUGGGCUUUGAAAUAAUCAAUACUGCCUCCUUCCAGAAGCUCAUCUGCAACAAUGUGAAAGGCUGUCCUUUCACUGCUUUCCAUGUCUUAAAUCCUGAACCCACAGAGGCAACCAUUAAUGUUAGUACCUCCAACACAGCAAUGGAAGAUAUCAACCCCACAUUACUACUGAAAGAGCGAUCUGCUGAGUUAUAAAAUAUCCACCUAUUUAUUUAUUUAAUUAUAUAAAUUAUUUUAUUUAUAACUUAAUUAUUUCUUUUUUUAAAAGAGCUCAUUUGUCUUCACUUUGGGGUUUGCCCUAGAUUUCUUGCUCAGGUAAGGCUUCCAUUUACAAAAGGGAUUUUCUGUGUUUGAGCUCAACAGUAGCAAGUCCCUUGUUUAAAAUCUUCUGUAACAGAACUAUGUAUUCCAAAGUGGACAGAGGUUCCAAUUUUUUAAUACUGCUUUAAUACUUGACAGAAAGAGCAUCUUGUUGUGUGUGGGGUGGUGCGGUGGUGUGUGGUGUUUUUUUUUUUUUUUAAACUUGAUAGGGCACAACACUACAAAAGCAAGUUACUGCCUCAGCUUUUUAGACUUGAAAAUAGGCUGUAAAACUAAAAGGACAAAACACUUAAAUUUACUGCAAUUGAUAAUCUUCUUGGCAGUUUUCAUUAUUGGCACUCCAAGAUAAAUAAAAGAUUUAUAUGUACUUAUGCAACUUUUUGUUAUGUAAACUCAGAAAACGAGUUGCAUUUCCUCAUUGAUACUACCUCUCCCUUGUUGCAAAUAAGGCACUUUGUACAGUAACUUACACGUUCUUUUUUUGUGUCUAAAUCUGUGCUUUCCUGUGGCAUUACUCUCUAUUAUUAUUAUUUAAAGAGAACAGAACUUGUCUUGCAUCCUACUUGUAGCUUUGAAGCACAUCACAAAAGUAUUAUUUGUGCUGGGGAUGGUCUUAGUGGUACUGAGGUAGGAAUAACUGACCAUCACGCUGGAAUUCAAGGUUGCUUCUACUCUGAUAGCGAUGUCGUAUUUUGCAACUUUGGGAAGCUCUUAGAUUCCAAAGUAUUAGUGUUCCUUCCAUAGCUGUAGUUUUCUGGUCUACUUGAUAAUGUAACUUUAAUCUUUGUCACUUUAAGGACAAAUGGACAGUAUAGUUUUAGUUAAGGAUAUGACUACAGUGUAGAAUUAUCCCAGCUACUUAGUAGUUAGUUAGCUUGGUUCUACUGCAUGUACCUGAAAACAUCGUUGAGAUCAUUGGGGGAUAGGGAGGGAGGGAUAGCAGGGGAUAGUAAAAACGGGGAAGCUGUGUAAGCAUAUGCAGCAAAAAUGAAUCCAGAACUGAUCUGGCAAAAUUUCAUAGUGCCAGGACUUGAAGUUAGUUUAGGUCUACGUACACAAGCUGUAGUCAUGCUUUAGGGUUUUAUUUAUUUGGGGGGGUGAGAGGGGAAAUAAAGUUUUGCUUUAUAACUUAUAAACAGGGGCAUUUUAAGUAAGUAUUUUGUGCUAACUGGCCAACUUCUCUUAAGAUUAAAAAGAUUCUAUGCACAUUUGUCCUGAUCCAGCGCUAAAAUCUCUAGUCUUACCUGGGCACAUAAGAAUUGACACAGCAUUUUUUUAACUAGUACUUCAAAACUUGCAUAGAAGGCUGUGGGGGUCUGUUUGUUUGCUUGUUUUAAUUUCUGGAGGGGAAAUGUAGGAUGUCUUAUUAAAAACAGCUUAGGAACUAUAGGCAAAAAGAAGGUCACUCCAGACUGGAAGAGAGAGGCAACACAGUACUUUGUGCUAAGAAAAAGAUAAGUAAACUCAUGGCUACUUACAAAAAGGACCUCAAUCUCAUAUUACAUCUGAAUUUCUCCAGCCUCUUUGUAGAGGCUCAGUAAUACAUAAUAAGGGCUAUGCUACUACUACUAUGGUUUGACUGUGACUUCUGUGUCCCUGUUAAUUUGUCUAAAGACAUUGACUACCUUUUGCAGUGCAAGUUUGUAAUCCUUAAUGCAAACAGCUGAAGAUCUCCCAUUGUAAUCAAUACUAGUAUCUGAUUUGAGAUGGUCUUUGAUUAUAGAUGCUCGGGGUGCAGGAGAAGCAUUUAUUUUAGUUUUCUACUUGAAGCACUAAGAGGACAAGUUUCAGUCAAUUCUGCCUGAAAGGUGGUCAGCACUGUAAAUGUUAGUAAGUGAAAAUUAUUUAGCUAUCUGCAGUUGUCAUUCAAAUGCAUCUUUGGUGGAAGGCUGCUCUGAGAAAGUGUAUUCCAUUAACAAGGGAAAAGAAAGGAAAACUGUUGGGCUUAAAUUCAAAAGGAGACAACUCUAGACAGAUCUAGUUAUUUUGGGGUAGACAAAAAUGAGUUGACAAGAUUUAAGUCAAUGUUAAGUUAUAAGCUGGUUCAGAAAGGAAUCACGUUCACCUUGCAUUUUGUACUUUACAGCCAUGCUUUGGCAGUCACUUAUCUGUUACCCAACCUGCUGGGUUAGGCUGGGUUCAAAUUGCUCAUGAUAAAUGUGUAUGUCUGCAAUUAUUUAUUUAAAAUGCUAUGGAAUUGUUUUUACUUUAUUUUUGUAGAACAAAAAUUUUUUAA